AUGGAUGGCACUGUGUUCCAGUUUAAACUGAUUCUUCUUCUAUCAGUAACUCCUGUCCUCUGGUUGCUCCUCCCGUCCCUCCAGGUUCUCGGUGGUUCCUCCGGUCUGUUCGGAGGCCAUGCGUCCCAGCUGCAGCCCUCCCACCUGCAGCAGCAGCAGAGGAACCUCUCCCUCCACGAGUACAUGAGCAUCGGGCUGCUGAAGGAGGCCGGUAUCUCCGUGCCGGCUGGGAUGGUGGCCAGCUCCUCGGAGGAGGCCUACGAUGUGGCCAAACAGAUCGAGUCCAAGGACCUGGUGGUGAAAGCUCAGGUUCUGGCUGGCGGCAGAGGGAAGGGGACGUUCGAGGGAGGACUGAAGGGAGGAGUGAAGAUCGUCUACUCACCAGAGGAGGCCCGUGACAUUUCGUCCCAGAUGAUUGGUCGAAAGCUGUACACCAAGCAGACCGGGGAGGCGGGUCGUAUCUGCAACCAGGUGUUCAUCUGUGAGCGCAGGUACCCGCGCAGAGAGUACUACUUCGCCAUCACCAUGGAGAGGUCCUUCCAGGGCCCCGUGCUGAUUGGCAGCUCGCAGGGGGGCGUGAACAUCGAAGACGUCGCGGCAGAAAAUCCAGACGCCAUUGUGAAGGAGCCCAUCGACAUCGUGGAGGGCAUUAAGAUGGAGCAGGCUGUCAAGGUAGGAUCAAUAGUAGACGGAGCGAGCGUCAGUUCCUGCUGGGUGGUUAGCAGAUCGAAGACGAGGAAGAGGAGAGAGUGUUUCAUCUCUCAGGAGGAAAACUAGUUCUAACAAGAUCCA